AUGCUACUCAUUACAGGAGGACUAAGAUCAUCAGCCAUAGGCAUUUUAGACACACAUGCUAACAUUCUACCCAUCCAGCAAUCAAUCUACAAGAUAUGCUACAGAGCUACACUCAGAAUGGCCACACUCCCUUCGACACACCCACUGGCUAGCGAGAUAAGGGCAGUGUUCAAAUACUGCAAGAAAAGGGACUUUACAGGACAGAAAUGCCACCCAUCCCCACUCCAUAAACUGAUGAACGAAUUCAGAACCAAUCCAAUCAUGAUGGAGAAAAUUCUACCUGUCCACCACUUCCCAAAGUGGAACCUGGACAUAACCAUCAGCAUCGCGCAGAAAGAGAGAAAAGUCAUAGAGGAGGAAGAAGCAGCCAACAAGACAAUAAGAGUAUACUCAGAUGGGUUGGCGGUAGAUGGUAGAGUAGGAGUGGCAGCAGUGCUGAUGAGAGAAGGAAGAAUGGUCAGCGAGAAAAGGUUCCACUUGGGAAAGAUAGAGGAACACAUCGUCUACGAGGCAGAAAUAGCAGAAAUGAUCUUAGUGGUCGAACUUUUGAAGGAGACAGGAGGAAGGAAACAAAUGUACACAAUGUAG